AUGAAAGAAAGAACAAAAGACAGGAGCAGGAGAAGAGAGCCGGUGUGGAGGAAUGAAAAGCAGGUGGUUGGAGAUGAGCCUCAGGGUGAGGAGCCUGGGGCUGAUCAAUGCAGGAGAGUAGGAGCAUCCCGUUAUGUGGUGUCUCCUGCGGAUGCCAAAGGACUGGCGGCUGGAGACAGGGUCACUGUUUGGCUGGAAGGUGAACCUUGGUUCCAGUUUGAGGCUUGGAACAGGUUUUCAUUAAUGAUAUCUCUGCACUUUGCUCUAUUCAGCUUUCCUUCAACUCUGUGCAGUCACCCACUCUCUGCUGCUGACAUACAACCCCAUAACAAGAUACUGCCACCACCAUGCUUCACUGCUGAAAUGGUACUGCACAGCAAACUGGGGUCAGUACUCCAACGAGCUUUCUACGGGGCCAGUGGACGGGUGACCCUGUAUGAACAGCGUAACUUCACUGGACGCCGGCUAGAUCUGACCACAGAUUGUCAGCGGCUAGCCGACAGGGACUUUCCUGAGAGAUGCAACUCUGUGAAGGUGGAGAGUGGAGCAUGGGUUGGCUAUGAGCAUGAGAGCUUCCGGGGUCGGCAGUACCUGUGGGACAUGUAUGACCAAGGGGAAUACCACAACUGUGACAAGUGGUGCUCCCCAGUGGACACUGUAUCUUCUGUGCGAAACAUCAGACAGGAUGAAACUGCCCCCCGAAUCCAACUCUUUGAGAGACCAGGCUUUUCUGGGAAGAAGGCUGAAAUUCAAGAUGACAUCCCCAACUUAAUGACUAGAUUUGGCAUUAACCGCAUAGCAUCCGCCCGGAUUCUAGGAGCAGUGUGGGUCCUCUACCAGGAACCCAACUACAGAGGGCCACACUACAUCCUGGAAAGAAGAGAUUAUAGCAAUUACACAGACUGGGCCGCACAAGGAAACACUGUGGGCUCACUUCGACGGGUUCGUUUCAGUUGA